AUGGAGGCGGACACACUCGAGAAAAGGCUUUUAUUGUGUGCCAAAGAGGGCAGUCGCGCUGAUAUUCAGAAGCUCCUCGAGUCGAGAGUCGACCAACGCUGCUCUCUCGACGUGAACUGCAGAUCCAAGUCCAAAACCAGCUCGGGGUGGACCCCGCUCCACCUGGCCUGUUACUUUGGGCGCAGGGACGCGGCGGAGGAGCUCCUCAAGGCAGGUGCCGAUGCAAAUGUGCAGAAUAACGUGGGUGACACGCCUCUACACAAAGCAGCCUAUACUGGAAGAAAGGAGAUAGUCUUGCUGCUGCUGCGGUAUGACGCCUGCUCCAACGUAAUCAAUGGAACCGCUCAAAUCCCUAAAGAUGUCACAGAGGAUGAUGAAGUCAUAACAAUGCUGGAGGCUGCAGAGAGAAGAGAGAUGAGGCGGCGGGAGGAGAGUCUUCUGGAAGCAGCCAGAGAGGGGGACACCUGCACGCUGUCUAAACUGCUCAGUGGAAAAGAAGCUCCAGAUAUUCACUGCAGGGACUCGGUGGGGAAUACGCCCCUACACUGUGCGGCCUACAGGGGGCAGAAGCAGUGCACUAUAAAGUUGCUCAAGUCUGGAGCCAGCCCCAGUAGUAAAAACAACAAUGACCAGACGGCAUUCGACCUGGUCCGCAGUGUUGAACUGAGACCGAUCCUAGCCGCCUAUCAAGACGAGGAGGUGAGCAGUGAGGUGCAGAAGAUUGAAGGCCCUCUUUGGAAGAGUUCACGCUUUCUUGGAUGGCGAUCCCACUGGGUGAUGAUUGAGGAUGGAACCGUCUCCUGGUAUCCCAGACAGGCGGACGCUCUGGCUGGUGUCAGACGACAGGGCUGUGAGUCUCUAACACGAGCCUACUGCCUGGUCAAACCAUGGGAUCAUUGCUUCUUCGUGCUCAGGUGCCUUGAUGACGCCGUUCAUUAUUUUAAGGUCUCCUCAAAGACGGAUUCGGUGUCAACAAGAAAAAGGUGGUUGGAUGCUUUCGAGGCACAUUCAUCAUACAGCACACGCCACCGUGCCCGGGAGGAGAUUAUCAACGAUGCAGGUGGUGAUAGCGGCGUGACGAGUCUGACACAAGCCCUUCAGGCGGCCAGUGCUUCCCAGCAGAAAUUGGAGAGUGAAGUGUCAAUAUUUCUAUCCAUGGGGAAGAAUGAAGAGAAUGGUGCAUUGGCUGCCCCUCUUCUACUGAAAGCCAAAGAGACCAGUGAGCUCUCCAGUGAAACCUGCGCUGCUCUCCAUCUGUGCCUUGAACUGCUGUCAAAACAGGAGGAGGUGUGGAGCCUGAAGUGCGAGCAGGAGGUGGAGAAGAACAAAGCUCUGACGGAGGCCCUGCAGACGUUGACCACCGAGCACCACGACCUCCAGCCCUCCCUGUGCAAGAGCCGGAGGUCGUCCACCCUCAGCACCCUCACUGAAGAUGACUUCUAUGACGCCGUCUCGGACCCGGAGCUCUCGGUGAGCGGCUUCCUGUCUGCGGCCAGUCGCUCCUGUGAAGAGGACGCCGCCCUUCGCAGCAGCCGCCGCCGUCCCGGCGCACUCGGGGGGCCCGCCGGAAUGUCAGGGGAGGGUAACCAUGGCAACGAGCACAAUGGAGUCAAGAAGCACAGGACAUCUCUACCGACUCCCAUGUUCUCCAGGAACGACGUCAGCAUCUGGAGUAUCCUGAAGAAAUGCAUCGGCAUGGAGUUGUCGAAGAUUGCCAUGCCGGUGAUAUUUAACGAGCCUCUGAGUUUCCUCCAGCGGCUGACGGAGUACAUGGAGCACACCUACCUCAUCCAUCAGGCCAACGCCGCCACCGACUCCGUGGAGAGGAUGAAGUGUGUUGCAGCAUUUGCUGUGUCUGCUGUCGCAUCGCAGUGGGAGAGGACUGGGAAACCCUUCAACCCACUACUGGGGGAGACCUAUGAGCUCAUCAGAGAAGAUCUGGGCUUCAGGUGGGUGUCGGAGCAAGUGAGCCACCACCCUCCGGUCAGUGCCUUCCACGCCGAGGGCCUCCACGAGGAUUUUGUCUUCCAUGGCUCCAUCUACCCGAAACUCAAGUUUUGGGGGAAGAGCAUAGAAGCUGAGCCCAAAGGACUCAUCACACUGGAGCUGCCCAGACAUAAUGAAGCCUACACCUGGACCAACCCCACCUGCUGCGUCCACAACAUCAUCGUGGGUCAGCUGUGGAUCGAGCAGUACGGCAGCGUGGAAGUGAUCAAUCACAAGACCGGCGAGAGAUGCAGCAUGAUGUUCAAGCCCUGUGGCCUCUUUGGGAAGGAGCUCCACAAAGUGGAGGGCUACAUCCUCGAUAAAAGCAAAAAGAAGCUGUGUGCAAUAUACGGCAAAUGGACUGAAUGCCUCUACACGGUGGAUCACGUGACCUUUGAUGCCCACACGAAGAGUGACAAGAAGAGUUCGGAUGAAAAGAAAGACAGCAAGCGGAAUAGUGUGGAUGAGGAGCCGGAGGAGAUGCCUCCACCCGAUGCCGAUACCGUCCAGGUCAUCCCAGGCAGCGAGCUCAUCUGGAGGAUAACGCCGCGGCCAGAUAACUCAGCCAGGUUCUAUGCCUUCUCCACGUUCGCCAUGCACCUGAACGAGCAGGACGAGAGCAUGGAGGGCGUCACCCCCCCCACCGACAGCCGCUUCAGACCGGACAUCUGCGCCAUGGAGAACGGAGACAUAGAUUUGGCAAGUUCCGAGAAGAAGAGACUCGAGGAAAAACAGAGGAUGGCCCGGAAGAAUCGCACCAAAUCGCCCAACGAUUGGAAAACGAGGUGGUUUCAGCAAGGACAAAAUCCCCACAACAAAGCUCAGGAUUGGCUCUACUUGAACGGCUACUGGGAGAGGAACUUCACUCAGCUGCCGGACAUCUACUAACCAGGAGAAAUACGUGUGGACGUCUACUUCCGCGACCCUCUGGACGUUAUCUGCUCUGGUUUGUAAUGACGUCACAGCGCUGAUACAGAACAGCAGCUAGGGUCGAGGAAAGGUCUCAACGCAGUCCAAGGGCAGAGCGACGCUGAGUGACCAGCAGUGGCAUUUAUUCUUCUCCAUAGAUGUGUGUGAAGCACAGGAACUCCUCCGCUUGUUAAUUGUGGCGCUCGACCACUUGCGUACGCUAUAGGCACGUGUCGGAUCAACUAGAAUGUAUAUUUUUUACACGCAUACAUAUAGAAAUGAGUGUGUCAUCGGUGUGGAAACAUUUCACUCGUCGGCGUCGGCGCUCAGACCUCACAAGGCAGGAAGAUGCUGCCUCAGCACAUCGGCCAGGCGGUGAUGCAGCUCUGGUUGUACUUCUACACCGUAUCCAAAUGGAGCGUGUCUGCAUAGUCUGCUGCAAAGAUGACGGCGAGUAAAAUGACGAGAGCUGUGGCCAGUACCACGUCAAUAAAACCCACAAUAAAUGAAACUUUUAAAAUAUAGCAUUAAACAGGAAAUUAUGUGUUGUAUCGAUGUGUAUUGAUAACGGCGGUGCCCGUAAGGCUGCCUGACGACUAGCGCUGCAUAUAUAGAUGUGUGUGUGUGUGUAAAAGUCUUGCCAUAGUUUAGUCUAAUCAGCUGUUAUACACAUGUAACUAUCGCACAAUGAAUGCACAUGCAUCACUAUAACUAUGCAAGCCUAUUUACCUCCUUCACCAUCAAGCACUGAAAGUCCUUUUCUCAUGUUGUGGAUAGCUGCUGUAGGUUUUAGUUUUUUUCCCGUUAUCUCUCUUUUGGGUAUUAUAAUUGUAGCUGAAUGUCGAUUAUACGUUUUGUGCAAUUUGCUGUAAUUUGAAGUAAACGUCUUCGUUAGAUUGGUGUCUGUUGGAUUCAGGUGUUACAAGAUGAGUGGUAUUGUAAAUAUGGAAAUAUGUUACUCUAUGCUGUCAACCCUACUGCCUGGUAAUCAUGGGACGUAUCACCAAAUUAUGCCGACUGUUCCGUUUCUCACAAUCCAUCCAUCGGUGAGUCAGAAGAAUCGAGGUUGAAAAUUCCUGGCAGUAAUUAUGUGACUAUUUAAGAAUUAGUGUUUCUAAUAUUUGUAUCAUUGAGGGUUGACUAAUUACAGUACAUUUCUUUUAUAAUGCAAUAAAUAGUCCCUGCUGCUCA